AUGCUCCAGGAGAAAAGCUUGCCUGAGGGUGAGGAUGGCUUUACAACAGCCCAAACAGCUGGACAUGUAGAGGCUGCAGCAGGAUCACCAGCAAUGGGAGUAGCAGGGCUGAGCAACUCAUUGAGCAGCCCACAGAGCCAAGAUCCUGAGCAGACAAUUGAAAAUAUCAAAGUGUAUCUUCACGAAAAGGAGCUCUGGAAGAAAUUUCACGAAGCAGGCACUGAAAUGAUUAUAACCAAGGCUGGCAGGAGGAUGUUUCCAAGUUAUAAAGUUAAAGUCACUGGGAUGAACCCCAAGACUAAAUAUAUUCUCCUCAUAGAUAUUGUUCCAGCUGACGACCAUCGAUAUAAAUUCUGUGAUAAUAAAUGGAUGGUGGCUGGUAAAGCUGAACCUGCAAUGCCUGGAAGGUUAUAUGUUCAUCCGGACUCCCCCGCCACUGGAGCUCAUUGGAUGAGGCAAUUGGUGUCAUUUCAAAAACUGAAGUUGACCAACAACCAUCUUGAUCCAUUUGGGCAUAUUAUCCUAAAUUCAAUGCAUAAGUACCAGCCAAGGCUACAUAUAGUCAAAGCAGAUGAAAACAAUGCAUUUGGAUCCAAGAACACAGCUUUCUGUACACAUGUGUUUUCCGAGACAUCUUUUAUAUCAGUGACCUCUUAUCAGAAUCACAAGAUUACACAGCUGAAGAUUGAAAAUAAUCCUUUUGCCAAAGGGUUCAGAGGAAGUGAUGACAGUGACUUGCGUGUAGCUCGUCUGCAAAGUAAAGAAUAUCCUGUAAUAUCUAAAAGCAUCAUGAGACAACGAUUGGUAUCAGGUCAUCCGGGGCAGUUGCCAAGCAAGUCAGACCUUAAUGCACUGCAUAGUACCCACCAAGGUUUACAGCAUUAUCAGUACGAGAAUGGAGCACACAUGCAGUUUGGUGCAGCUGAUGCUCAAGAUCUACCGCUCAACUCUUUCACAGCUCAGAGGGACUCUGGGCUUUUCUAUCACUGUUUAAAAAGAAGAGAGGGUGCACGUCACCUAGACCUCCCUUGCAAGCGAUCUUAUCUAGAUCCCUCUUCUUCUAUGGCAGAUGAUCACUAUUUUCGAUCUCCUCCACCAUAUGACCAACAGAUGCUGAGCCCACCAUACCGCAAUGAAGUGGCACCAAGAGAUGCUUGUAUGUACUCUACUUCUGGAGCAGAAAUAGCUGGAGUAUCAAGUGUUGAUGAUUUACCUCCUCCACCACCUCCUUUAAGCUGCAACAUGUGGACUUCGGUUUCACCCUACACCAGCUAUAGUGUCCAAACAAUGGAAACUGUUCCAUACCAGCCUUUUCCAACUCACUUUACCACCACCACCAUGAUGCCUCGCCUUCCAACAAUUGCAAGCCAAGGAUCACAGCCACCAAGCGAGUCACACUUCAGUGUGUACAAUCAGCUUUCACAGUCUCAAGCACGAGAGAGGGUUCCAACCUCAUCCUUCCAGCGAGAAAGAGUGCACCCAUCUUUAUGUGAAAGAAAGCCCCCCUCACCACACAUAAACACAGCAAAUGAAUUUUUAUAUUCCCAAAGUUUUUCAUUAUCCAGAGAAUCUUCACUUCAGUAUCAUUCAGGCAUGGGGACUGUGGAAAACUGGACUGAUGGAUGACUGCACUUCCAACACGUACCAUACGGUAUUUGAGCUAUAUUCUAUUGACCCAGACAAUCUGAUCUGUUAAUACCUGUGGGUAACCUGCACUUCAGUAAACUUUCACCCAUGACUUAAAUGAAGACUUAUUUUUAGUCGAAACAGGGUAAAUCCCCCCAAAUAGAUGUCUUGUUGUUUCUAUGGAUGAAUCAUUGAGUUAACCAAGACAGCAAUAAUAGCAGAAAAUACAUCAAUCUAACUUGUAGAAAUGCCUGAAAUCACUAAAUCUUUGCAUGCUGAAUAGCUAUUUAUACCUAUAUAUAAAUGUGUACAUAUAUAUAUUUUUUAAAUAUAUAUAUAUCACAAAUGCAAGCCACGUGUUCAUUGAAGCUUUGCUUAUAAAGUUGAGAUGCUUAAUAAAAUUGUGAAUGUUACCAGGGUUCAUGAAGACAUCUAUUUAAGAUUUUUUAUGAUGAUAUAAGGAAAAAAAAACAUAAAAAAAAACAAAAGAUUGUGUGAGAGAAAUAACAUUUAUAUAUAUCUAUGGAAAGACACUUUAUGAGAAAUCCAGCAUAUUUUAAACAACUUGGACAUGUUUCUCUUACUUCUUAAACAGCAUGGACUUUAUAUUUACUAUAUGGAAAGAUAAAAUGGUAUAAGGCGAUUUUUGUUGAUGUCAUUACCUCCAGUUGUCUUUUCAUUGAUCUCUGUCUAUAAUGUAUUUGGACAUAUGAAUAUCUGAAAUUAAUGUAAGUCUAGGUUUUAUUGUCCUUAUUUUCCUCCAUCACUCUUUUACAGAAUGACACUGACAUUUUCCAAUAUAU